AUUUUAUCGUUGGUGGUACUUUAUAUUAAAUUUGUGUUAUUUUAACAUUUUUCAAUUACCUUGAAUAUACGUUAUUUAAAGUUUUAAAACUUAGUCGUUGAAGAUAUAUUUAAAAGAUGAGUGAAUCUAUUGCACCUCAAGAUUGUAGUGAAGAUGAUUUUUGUCACUGCCCAUUUAAAGAAGCAAAUGAAAUGUUAAGUGUAUUAAAAGAACAACAAGUUCAACUCAAUCAAGUGCAAGAACAUAUUAGUGGCAUUUUACAGAAAAACGAAAACAUGGUGAAUACAUUGCAGUCAGUGCUUAAAGAUAAGGAAUCCUUUACUAAUAAGGAGAAUAAGAACGAAGUUCACACGACAAUAAAAAAUCUUAUCAAUAUGUUGAAACCGGAAAGCGGGCCAGAGUUAGUCAAUAGUAUUGCCUGUGUAUUGAAAGAAUUUGAUGAAGAUGAUAGUGCAUUUUGUGCGGAUAUAAUUUUUAAAAAAAGUUUAAAUGAUCAUUGGUUUUUACACAAAGCAGUAGGAGUUAAACUGUGUGUUAACAGUAGUGAGCAAAAAUCUUCUGAAGUUCGUAAAAAAUUAAUUAAUCUCUUACAAAAUCAUUUCGACAAUAUCUUCAAUCAGCAAACAACUUGCAGUACUGCGGUCACCGAUAAUAAAAAGGUAGCAAGAACGGUAGUUACCCUUGUAGGACAACUAUUUAAUCACAAUAUAUGUACUAUAGGCGUUCUGCAUAGGUUGUUGUAUGAUUUAUUAAAGGAUAAAAGUCACCUUCGCAUUCAAUGUAUAUUUGACAUACUGAUAGUAAUUUCCACAGGUCCUAGAAAUAAAUUUUUUAAGGUGACAGAACAAAUCAAGAAAAAUUUAGAAUCACUUCAAAAAGAUAGUCAGUUACAAGACGAUGCAAAAUUAUUAGUUACCCAUUCUCUUUUGUUAGUUAAUAAAAUGCAAUAACUUGUCUCAUUUCGUACUCAUUACAUUUACCAUUAUAGUGUGUUUAAAAAUAAAAAUAACUUUUUUGUUGUUUAUUUUUUUAAAAUAUAGUAUUUUUGUCAAAA